UGAAGGGCAUGAAGAACAUACACUCCCUCACUAUUGAUCCAUUAACAGGUUCUUCUUUUAAAACAAGCGGUAAAUAUAACCUCCAUAUACUUACAAAGUACCAAUUUAAUCGACAGACAAUUAACAUGUGUCAGAGCGUUGAUAUCACUAUCGGUGUUCUAGCCCUUCAGGGUGCUUUCCGGGAACAUGUUCUAGCUAUAGAGCAAUCCGCUGGAGUGAAAGCGGUAGCGCUGCGUACUCGUGAGGAUUUCGAGCAGAACAAAAUCGAUGGACUCAUUAUUCCAGGUGGCGAAAGCACCACCAUGGCUCACAUUGCGAACCGUAGUGGUGUGAUGGAUAUCCUGCGCGAAUUUGUCGCAAGCGGCAAGCCGGUUUGGGGGACGUGUGCAGGUCUCAUAUUUCUUGCUGAUAAAGCUCAAAGCGCCAAGAUCGGAGGUCAGGCGCUCAUUGGUGGCUUACAUGUCACCGUAGACCGUAAUCAUUUCGGUGCACAAGUUCAUAGUUUUGAGGUCGACAUUUCCGUACCUGUGCUCGGCGAGAAGCCGUUCCAUGGAGUGUUUAUUCGAGCUCCUGCUAUACUUGAAACCGGGGAGGGCGUCGAAAUUUUAGCGAAGCACAUCGACCAGAACGGAAAGGAGGUCGUGGUGGCGGCACGUCAGGGAUCACUAUUGGGUUGUUCGUUCCAUCCCGAGCUCACGCCCGAUAACCGAUUUCACAACUUGUUUGUAGAUAUGGUUGCUGCAUCUUUAUAAGCAAAUGCGCUUCUCAAUAGUAUAAAUUUUAAUUUAGUUUAUCCUGA